UUUACGCGCGCUUUGAAAGCUGUUUUGCCCCUGUUUUCAGCAAGGAUUUUCCGGAGUAUCAAACUUUCUCGCGAAUUUCCACUGAUUUUCAAACAAUUUCCGGCUCAUUCAAGUGCAAACGCUGUUUAAAAUGAAGUGCCAAAUUCCGGAGAUAUCGUGGCACAACCGCGACCCGGUGCUGAGCGUCGACAUCCAGCCAAAGCAGGUGGGCAGCAGCAACAACAGCAGCAGCGCCGACAAGAUCGAUUUCCGUCGGCUGGCAUCCGGUGGAACCGAUUCCCAUGUUUUGAUUUGGCACAUGACACAGAACGCCGAGUGCGGCACGAUUUCGCUCGAUUUGGCCGCCGACCUGACCCGACACCAGCGCGCCGUGAAUGCGGUCCGGUGGUCUCCGAACGGGGAGCUGCUGGCGUCCGGCGACGACGAGAGCGUCAUCUUCAUCUGGAAGCAGAAGGGCGAAACCGAGGUGGUUAACAUUUUGGACACUACGAACGAGCAGGACAAGGAGACGUGGCUCACGAUGAAGAUCCUGCGGGGUCACAUGGAGGACGUGUACGAUCUGUGCUGGUCGCCGAACUCGAUGUUCCUGAGCAGUGGUUCCGUGGACAACACGGCAAUGGUUUGGGAUGUGACCAAGGGCAAAUCGCAGCACAUCUUCUCCGACCACAAGGGCUUCGUCCAGGGUGUGGCCUGGGAUCCGAAAAAUCAGUAUCUGGCCACGUUGAGUACGGAUCGGUACUUUCGGGUGUUUGACCUGCAGACGAAGAAGGUCGUCACGAGGAACAACAAGUGCGGGCUGCCGGUUCCGAAGGGGCACGCGCUGCACGGGAAAACGGUCCGGCUGUACCACGACGAUACGCUGCAGACGUUCUUCCGCCGGUUGACGUUCAGUCCGGACGGGAAUCUGAUCGUGACGCCGUCCGGGGUGGCGGAGAUUGAGGGCGUGCCGAAGCCGUUGAACACGACGUAUGUCUACACGAGAAACUCGUUAAAGCAACCCGCCAUGACGCUGCCCUCCCCGGACCAGUACACAGUCGCGGUUCGAUUUUGCCCGUUGUACUUCAAGCUGCGCCCGCACGCCGAUGACAAACCGCCGGUCAUUCCGCUGCCCUACCGCAUGAUCUUCGCCGUGGCCACCAAGAGUUCCGUCUACCUGUACGACACCCAGCAAAAGACGCCCUUUGCGUUGAUCUCCAACAUUCACUACACCCGACUGACGGACAUUUCCUGGUCCAGCGAUGGCAAGAUCUUGAUCGUUUCCUCGACGGACGGAUUCUGCUCGCUGAUUUCGUUCAACGACGGCGAACUGGGCGAAGUUCACGAGCUUGAGGUGGAGAUUUUGGUGGAGAAGGAGAAAACUCCGACGAAGAAGGCGACCGCCGGGAGGAAGAAGUCCAAGGACGGUAAGGACGAUGAAAAAGAGAAGGUUGCUCCGACCAAGUUGGAACCGGUGGCGGAGGAGAAGCCUGCUGCGCAACCGAUUGCGUUCCGCCGGAAGCCAAAGCAGGACGAUCCGGAGGUGAAACCCAAAGAGGUCGAGAAGCCUGCAGCGCAGCCGAUUGCUUUCCGAAGAAAGCCAAAAGAACCGGAAACCGAACCAGCUGCAGCUGAAGAACCUAAAGAAGAAGAGUCUCGAAAGCGUGCCCGGUCCAACAGUGCCGAAAACGCGGACAACCCCGCCGAAGCAAAGCUCAUCGCGAUUCGUCGCAUCGCGCUGGAAUCGGGUGACGCCAAGACCGGCAUUAUCGUCAAGGAAAUCCCCCCGAUAAAAUCCUCCGACGAGAAAAUCGUCCAACCAGCCAAGGAAAUCAUCAUCGAAGCGGAAAAGAUCAUCAGCAGCGAGGAAAAGUUCGAAAGCCCCUCCAAAAAGAACCGUCCCGUCACACCAAUCGCCGUUCGGCGCCACCCUCGCACCCCGGACGUGACCCCAUCAACCGACGGCCAACCCACAGCCCCAUCCGACGGAACGCCCAAAACGGCCCCCAAAAAGGCGGCCACCCCAAUCGCGUUCCGAAGACAACCGCGCACCACGUCCGUCGCCAAACCGUCCCCCGAGGAGGACGACGCCGUCGACACGUGGCCAAUCGAUCAGCCCAAGCCGGCCUCCAAGGUGGUCAGCAAUGGGUCGCCGGCCGAGUGCGACCAGACCGAGGACAUCAAGCUGGUCAUUUCGGACGACGAUGACGACGAGGUCGCGGGUAAGGAUGAGGAAGCGAAGGGUGCGACGGCCACGACGCCGAUCACGCCACGGCGGGUCGAGUUUAGGACACUUUCGACGCCCAAAUCGAAGAAGAAGCUGCUGUAGAAUAAGCUCGUGUGUUUCUAUUAUUUUUCUCUAGUGGUAGUGCCUCUAAAUUAAGACAAGAAUAUAGUUAUUUCUGAUGAAAACGAA